GGAUCACUUCACUCCAUCGCUAUUCCAUUGACUGCUGAGCUUCCUGAAAGCGAGUUCGUUGGUAAUGGGGCGCCAAACCAGCAGCAGCAAGACUGAGGCCGGCGGCGAGCAGCACCGCAAGGAGGAGAAGCACCACAAGCACAUGGAGCAGCUCGCCCAGCUCGGCGCCGUUGCCGCCGGAGCAACGCGCUGGUAUGUCUAUCACGAAAAGCAUAAGGCAAAGAAGGACCUGGAGAAUGCCCGGUCGCACAGGAUCAAGGAGGAGAUCGCAGCCACGGUCGCCGUGGGUAGCGCCGGUUUCGCCUUCCAUGAGCACCACAAGAAGAAAGACGCCAAGAAGAACGGCCACCACCACUGAUCGAGCUAGGCGAUGGUCGUAUGCUAUUUAUACAUAGGCUGCACCUGCACCACGUACUCUAGCUAUUUGUACGGUUAUACGACCGUUUCAUUCAUUUCCUUUUCUUGUUCGACAUUGUGUCUAUCUUAGUUAUGCGCACAAGUCCUCUAUAUACAUGCACUACGUACGGACUAUACUCGAAAAUUGCUGCCCACGUUUCUCGUGACCAUGGAGUACUAUGCAUCUAUGGUCACAAGCUGCAUACAAGUACGACUUUUUUUAGAACCAAGACGCAAGGAGCGUUCCGGCUUUAAAUUAAUAAAGCCCUCCGACAGGCAGUAUCCAACAAGUUCAGCGAACAUAAACAACAAAAAGAUAACGGCCGAAGCUCAAGUACGAUACAUGCAACCGGCCUAAGCCUGAAUAAGAUAAGA